AUGAUUACUAUACUGUCAGCCAAAAGUAGCAGCAAGAAACUUGUGAAAGUCAUGCUAGCAUUGGCUUUUGGGCCAAGCAGGCGCUACCGAGAAGUUUCCCAAGGAAGCCUGCCUGUAAAAGCAGAAGCAGAAUGCCUUUCCUAUAGAAUUGAAAAGCUGCCUAGAGGACAGCCAGUUGGGUGUGCAUUCCAGAGUUGGAUGGGGGACGGUUUCCCCAUUCAUAGAGGGGAAAUAUAUCAUGCUAUCAAUCGCUUGAGGAAGCUGAAGAUGUACAAGCGCGCUCUUGAGAUGAUGGAAUGGGUUAUUCGCGAGAGGCCAUAUAGGCCAAAGGAACUGGAGUACUCCUAUCUGUUGGAAUUCACAACAAGAUUUCAUGGGAUGUCAAGAGCCGCAGGAAAAUGAUCCCAAAGAUUCUAACUCAAAUGAAGGCUGAUAAGGUGGGCCCACAUGUGUCAACAUAUAACAUUCUCAUGAAAAUAGAGGCUAAUGAACAUAACAUUGAAGGUCUGGCGAAGGUAUACAGUGAGAUGCAUCGAAAGAAAGUUGAGCCAAAUGAGGUGUCUUACUGCAUACUUGCUAUUGCACAUGCUGUGGCGAGGUUAUACACAGCUGCUGAGGCCUAUGUUGAGUCUAUAGAGAAGUCUGCUACAGGAAGUAACUGGUCUACACUGGAUCUCCUUCUUAUAUUGUAUGGAUAUCUCGGGAAGGCUAAGGAGCUGGAAAGAACUUGGUGUGUUGUGAAAGAUCUUCCCCAUAUUAGGUCAAAGAGUUAUAUGUUGGCUAUUGAAGCAUUCGGUAGGAUUGGACAACUUUCUCGAGCUGAGGAGCUCUGGUCAGAGAUGAAGUCGACGAAAGAGUUGAAAUCAACAGAGCAAUACAACUCUCUCAUAUCCGUGUAUUGCAAGCAUGGUUCCAUUAAUAAAGCUUCUGCUCUAUUCAAAGAGAUGGUCGCGAGCAGGUGCAGACCGAAUGCCAUUACUUACCGUCAUCUUGCAUUAGGUUGUAUGAAGGCGAAUCUAGUAAACGAAGCCCUGAGGACUCUGGACAUGGGUUCACGGUCAACAACAAGUGCAAAGGUCAGGAAAUCCACGCCGUGGUUCGAGACUACACUGUCUAUAGUUGAGAUAUUCGCAGAGAAGGGUGAUGUUGUCAAUGCUGAGAAGUAUUUCGGGGAGCUUGCUCAAGCGAAGUACGCCCGCUAUACUUUCGUGUACAACACGUUGAUAAAGGCUUAUCUGAAGGCCAAGGUUUGUGAUCCCAACCUCCUGAGAAGAAUGAUCCUCGGAGGUGCAAGGCCGGAUGCUGAGACGUAUAGCUUGAUUAAGCUUAU